GCGGAAUCAGACCGGUUCUAGUAACACACAGCGACGCUAUAAAGCCCGUCAGUGGAACAGUCCAGUGCACACACUGCUGAGGAACUACAGAUGAACCGACUGCACACAAACGCAAAUCAUGAACCAUGAACGUGUGUGUGGAUUCAGAGGACCGGAAGCGCGGCGGGGAGUGUAGUGUGCGGAUUUACUCAGCAGACGAGGAGCGCGCGAGCACCGCGCUGUCGGGCGGGCCCUGGACUUCACAGCAUCUUCUCUUCUCUACCACAACAUCCAGGUUUUAAAACAAAAUGACUGAAAAGACCGCCCCUUGGUGGAGAUCCUUCGUGGGGAAGAGACGGAAAGCCGCCAGAGAAUCGGCGUCGAUCAUGGAGCAGGAGAUCGCGGCUCACACGGCCGCCGAAUCCGACCAACAACCCCACGCCGUCACCACCACUCCGGAGCAGAGAAGCGCCUCAGCGGCCAGUCCUCAAGCAGCGGGAGGACAAGCCGAUGACACUUACGAUGACUCUGUCGUGCAGCCGACGUUCAACGAGAGCGCGAACCGCCGCAACCUGCGCGUGUCGCGCUCGGGCCGCUUCAAAGAGAAACGACGCACGCGCGUGGGCCUGCCGGAUCAGUACGAACACACGGACAGGGUGGAGUCACCGAGCCAAGGCGACAUGAACUAAACAUCUAGUUACGCCACUGCUAUAGGUCCUUGAUUCUGGACUGGAGGAAUACUUUGCUCUGGUAGAACCUGCGUGCUACGUGAUGCGUAAUCAGGUGAUCAGCCACCGUCCGCGUAUUGUCCCCUUGAGGUUGCGUGAUAGUAUAUCUGUGUGCGCGAUCAGCUGCACGCACCACAGAAAAGCAGCUCAAACUAGAACGUGACUUAGUGAUGCGUCUGCACUUCCUGGACCUGCUUUGACAAUCCAGAGUACCUGAACAACUGGACUGGUCUCUCCUGACUCGCACACUGAUCAGGUGUGACACAGAGGCACGUGAUAUAUGAAGUUUUACCUGUACAGUUUACGUUCUAUAUUUUGGAAUCUAAAUGUUUUAUGAAGGAUUUUAUACUAUAUAUAUAUAUAUAUAUAUAUCUAUUCAUUCUGAAGGUUAAACGAUUGCACUGUUAUAAAAUAAAGGGGAGGGGGAGGGGGGUUUGUGAAGAUGACUAUUUUUUGCUGCUUGCAGGGAAUUGAAGUUUAUAUCCGGUUCGUUUGUUGUGUACUGAUUUAGUUUUGAAAAGUUUGCGCUUUAAACGUGAUAGAGACGACAUAACACGAAGAACAUUUACUACUGACUCUGAAUGAAGCUGUACGGCUAGGAACGAUGUGGUCGAGCCGCCCAGAACGUAACACAACACAGACAUGAUAUAAACAUCUGUGUUUGUAUCAAGAAGGUUAUAUAUGAAGUACAGAAUGAACUUAGAUUGAUUGUGUUUUUUAUUAUUAUUAUUAUUAUUAUUAUUAUUAUUAUGCAAGCCUGUAGUCCUAAGAUCUGGCAACACAAACUUGAAAUUAAUAGUAAGAUUAUAUUUCGAUUCACGGUUAAACGUUAGGAUUUAUACCCACACACACACACACAAAUUGCAAAUCUGUUAUUGUGAUCAGAUUAUUAUUAUUAUUAUUAUUAUUAUUAUUUAAAAUGCAGG